GAAGGUUCCAGCCUGUGAGAGAGGAGGACGGCAGGCAUCGAGCUUCGAAGUGCCGUGCCACAUUUGUGGAGAACUUGUUGCCUAGAGAGCUCCGGGGAGUCCGACAGUCACCUUCGACGUCCGUCCAGCAGCAACAAGAGACGAGAAGCAGCUGCGGUUCGGAGCCCUUGACAACCAGAGCGUGACGUGAGCAGAGCCGUACUAAUGGCGGACCAGGAAGAGGAAGGCAAACCCAAGAAGGAGGUGCGCGUGUUCGGGCGUCCCGAGCUGGCCUCCAAGGUGGCCAUGUUCCAGCGCAAGGCCGAAGACCACGAUCGUAAGCAGAAGGACAAUCCCUUUUCGGGACGCUGGGACGGAUCCGCCUCCGGCGCACUGUCCAAGGACGACCCACGGUACGGCCACCCCGAAGAAGGUUCGAAGACGGAGAAGCGUGGUAAGCAAGCCGGCCAGCUGAUAAGCAGUGAGGUUCGCGUACUGUGCGAGAACCUGCACGAGUUCGGCACCGAACAGCCGGACGGCACUCGGGCUAUCACGUUCGGCGAGCUCUUCCAGCUGUACACGAGCAUCUCGAACAAGGUGGUGGGCAUUCUGCUGCGCGCGCGCAAGCACGGGCUCGUCGACUUCGAGGGCGAGAUGCUGUACCAGCGGCGAGACGACGGCGUCGUAAUCCGGCUGCUGCGGCCUAUCGCCGAGAUACACGCAGAGAUGGGCUACGACCCGGCUCUGGCGCAGCUGCCCAAGACCACACCUGUGCUGCUGGGAGGCAAGACAGCCGCAUCGUAGUCGCAAGACACUGUUCUACGUGGCCACAA